AUGUUGGGAGUAGGCCAUAUAUCAUUUCUUGAAAAUUUUAGCUCCCGCUUUGCAAGAAGAGCAGAGGGAUUGAACGAUAUUUGCGGCUGAGAGAGUACGCGAAAGGCGGAGAACGAUUAGAGAAAAAACACUUUUAGGCCAUAUCUUGGCCAGUUUCGAACGAAAAAAAUUAAUUUUUAGUGGAAACAUUGCUCUCUGCGGUAGAAAUAGCCACGAACUUUUUCAUGAAGAAAUUCGAAAAAAAAUUUCUUAAUUUUUUGUAAAAAUCUUGGUCAUUUGGGCAAAAAACGAGCUAGAAAAAUCGGUUAGGUCUUAGAGGACAUUAUUAUAAAUUUGUGCCAAGUUUCAUAAAAUUCUGAGCGUCGCACUUGGAGAUAUGACAAUAGAAUUUUGGGGUAGUUUUAUAAUAUAGUAUAUAGUAAAAAAAGUAAAUCUUCUUUUACUCUGAAAGAAGAAAAACUUUUUUAAUUAAAGGACCCCACCAACUACAUUUGAAUCGAGUUUUUACGGCUUGGAGGUGCACCUCGCCAAAAGUUGCGAAAAUCCCGCGAAAAAAAUAAAUACAAAAAAUAAUCGAAAAUUUUUCUCGAAAAUGCAAAAUUGAAGAAAGUUUGAGCUAGUUCAUGUUCCAAAGUUGCUGAAAACGCUUCUUGUUCACGUGGAUCCUGCCGACACUCAUUCGGAUGCUCUUGGGGAAAGUCUCAUGUAAGUUUUUCUUGGGUUUUGCAUGGUUUUUCACGUUUAGGUAGGAGUGAAGUAUCUUGCACAAUAUUUCGGCGAUUCUUUUGAAAAACAGCCCGAACGAAGUGUUGAGGAGCAAGUUUUGGACUCAAGGCUUGUGUGUAUUCCAUUUUCUUGCCUUGUUAGGGCUGUGUUUGCCCAUUUAGAGAUAUUUUAUAUUAUUUUACUCAAGUCUUUCAAUUUCAGAGUUGUUCAACCGCCGAGAACGCGAUGCAUGAAGAAGAAUUCUCUUCAUUCAAAUUCCUUGGCAUCAAGAUUCGAGUCAGGGACAUCUAUGGGAUAUUCAUGUAAGAUAAUGUGUUAUUUACUUUUUUGCAAAAUUUUUCGGUACGUAAUUUCUCAGCCCCUAUGCAUUUAGUUUCAGACUGGGACUUGUCUUCGCGAAUCAAUGGCUCUGCGAGGGAAACGAAAACGGGUUGUACACCAGCAUAUUGA